AUGGCAAGUCAUGGGCCAGAAGGAAUCGAAAACGCGUCAAGAGCCGAUGUAAUCCCUGAUGAGACUGCGGCUGAAGCCGGUCAUGAUCCAGACCAACUCAAGCCAAAAGUUUACCCAACAGGAUGGAGGUUGCACGCGCUCACGGCUGGCCUCUGCCUCAGCAUGCUACUCUCGACAUUGGAGACCACCAUUGUGAGCACCUCGCUCGUCGCGAUGGCCAACGACCUGCGCGGGUUCGGCCAAGCGGGAUGGGUGGUCACAGCAUAUUUUUUGACCUAUACCGGCUUCCUAGUCAUUUACGCCAAACUCAGCGACAUCUUCGGUACCAAGCUCCUGCUCCUCUUCGCCGUAACCAUCUUUGCCGUGUUCUCCGUAGCAUGCGGUGUAUCCGGAACGAUGAUGCAACUCAUCGUCUUCCGCGCCUUCCAAGGCCUAGGCGGUUCCGGGAUCUACUCCCUCGUCACCGUCAUGACACCCCUCAUGGUGCCGCCCGCGAAAUACCCGACCUACAUCGCUAUUAUCUCGUCGGUGUUUGCCAUUUCUAGCGUGCUGGGCCCGUUGUUGGGCGGGGCUAUCGCUGAUCAUGCUACUUGGCGUUGGGUCUUUUGGCUGAAUGCCCCCGGCGGCGCAAUAGCCUUCAUCCUCAUCACCAUCUCCAUCCCCUUCAGUUUCCCCUACCAGCCCGGACCCACUCACUUCCUGCGCACGCUAGUAACCGAAAAGGCCUGGCGACGAGUGGACUACCUCGGUGCGGUAUCCUCCCUCGCGGCGUCUGUUUUGCUGGUGUUUGCCCUGGAACAGGCCGGCGUGGCAUACCCGUGGGAUAGCGCGCCGGUGAUUGCGGCGUUUGUGUUGUCGGGGGUGUUGUGGGUUGUGUUUGUGGUUUGGGAGAGGGCUGUUUCGUUGAGGGGGCAGAGCAAGGAGAGGGAGAAGGGGAAGGUGUGGGUUUGUGAGCCGUUGUUUCCGUGGAGGUUGGCGUGUGAUAGAUUUGUUUUGGGGUUGUUGUUAAACGCAUUCCUCACCGGGUUUCCUUUCAUGGCAGCCAUCAUCACCAUCCCCCAGCGCUUCCAAGUCGUCAACGGCACCAACGCCAUCGACGCCGGCAUACGCAUGCUGCCUUUACUCCUCUGCUCACCAUUCGCUACCGUCUUCGCCAGUGUGCUGUUGACUAAACUCCGGCUGCCUCCGCUCUAUGUGUUACUGGCUGGGUGCGGCCUUCAGACUCUUGGGGUCGGCCUGUUCAGUUCGCUAGACCCGUCACACCUUGACAACAUUCCGUCGUACCAGUAUGGGUACCAGGUGAUUAUGGGGUGUGGGUUUGGGUUGAAUCUCAGCACGGUCUUGAUGAUGGUGCCAUUGGUGGUGACACAACGGGAUAUGCCCGUCACCAUGGGCGCAGCAACACAAAUCCGUGUCCUCGGCGGCACAAUCGGACUAGCCAUCUGCUCGGCCCUACUAAGCAACUACGUCGCAGCCCACACCGGCGACCUGCUAACACCGCAAGAACAGGCGGCCAUCCUUCAGUCGUCGCAAAACAUCCGGCGACUCCCUUCCACCGACUUGCAGUUGGAAGUCCGACAGGUGUAUGCGGAGGCGUACGGCCAGCAGAUGCGUGUGAUGCUGUACUUUUGCGUGGCCGCGCUGGUCUCGCUGUCGUUGCUGGCGGAGUGGCCGCCAAGGAAGAUGCGGACGACGGAGGACGGGGAGAUCGCGGCGCCGCCUACCCGGGGGGGGAAGAGGGAGAGUAGGGGGGAGAAGAGGGAGAGUAUGGUGUAG